AUGGUUUGCGUACCGUGCAUUUUUGUUGGUUUAGCUAUUGUUAUUUGGUGUAAAUUUCUUGAACCUUAUAUAAAACCAAUUUAUGAUAGACUUUGUCAAUAUUAUCCACCAUUAAAAAUAGUUGGUGAUCAAAUAGGAGUUUGGGCUGAGAAAAUCGAAAAAUUUGGAGAAAAAAUUGGUAUUCGUAUGCCUCAAUCAUGUCCAAUGCCAAAGAAAAACAAUAAUACUUCAAAAUCUCCAAGUGACAAUAGUAAUAAAUUAUAUCCUGAUUUAAAAUCAACAACGACUGAUGAUACGGACAUUCAUCAUCGAUCAGUACCAUCGGCUCCUUCAGAAUUGCAUAAUGAAUAA